CAUCCUCGAGAGAAACCGCUGUUUUCCCCCAAACUCAAGUUCUCACCUUAAAUCAAAAUCUAACAGAGUCUCCCUCUCUUUUACACAAAUAAACCAGAAAUUACCAUUUUUAUUAAUUUUCAGUUUCUUCUCCAAGUCUCCAAUGCUCUCUGUUCAUUCUAACUGCAUUUUUGACUGAACCAAGAAUUAUGGAUUCGUCCAAGAAGCUCUUGUUCCCCGACCAGUUCUUCUCUGCGACGAGAAGAAACAUCCUGUCCAGAUUCGGACUAGGAAUCGCAGCUUCUCUCGUUAUCCUCACACUUCUCUCCCUCACUAACUCCUCCUUCAAUGUCCCCUUCGUCUCUCCUCUGCUUCAAGGUCUCAGAAACUCCAAUCUUAGCAUCCCUUCUUCUGUUUCUCCUCAAUUCAAUUCUUCAGGGUCAUCUUCUUCUUCCAAUCAAGUCGACGAUAAGAAGCCUGAAGUAGUAGUUCCAGUCCCAAGCUUUGAAUCUGAACAAACAAGAGAUACUGGUUCGAAGAUUACAAGUUUGUCUGGAGAAGGUGAAGUCUCAAGCUUUGAAUCUGGACCAAGAUCUGGAGAAACAGUGAUUAACUCGACUUUGUCUGAAGUUGGAAAAGUCUCAGUCCGAAAUGACGAAAAUACCCUCGAAGCAAAUGCUACGGUAAGUGUAGGCAACAGCUCUAGCUUGGUAUCUGAUCUGGGAGGUAGGUUUGUGCCUGCAAACUCGAGCAAUGAGAAGAAUGCCACUGUGGAAGCAGAUCGAAGCAGAGGCUCUUACGAGGAUUGUGAUAUCUACGAUGGAAACUGGGUGAGAGCUGACGAUGAAACGAUGCCGUAUUACCCGCCUGGUUCGUGUCCUUAUAUAGACAGAGAUUUCAACUGUCACGCUAAUAAAAGACCUGAUGAUGGUUAUGUUAAAUGGAAAUGGCAGCCUAACGGGUGUGACAUUCCCAGGUUGAACGAGACAGACUUUCUUGAGAAGCUAAGAGGGAAGAAGCUUGUUUUUGUUGGGGACUCGAUUAACAGGAACAUGUGGGAGUCUCUGGUUUGCAUUCUUAGACACAGCCUCAAGGACAAGAAACGAGUUUAUGAGAUCUCAGGGAGAAGAGAGUUCAAGAAGAGAGGCUUCUACGCUUUCAGAUUCGAGGACUAUAACUGCACGGUUGAUUUCGUUGGCUCGCCCUUCUUUGUAAGGGAAUCAAGUUUUAGAGGCGUGAACGGGACUACAUUGGAGACACUAAGGUUGGAUAUGAUGGACAAGACAACAUCCAUGUAUCGAGAUGCUGAUAUACUCAUUUUCAACACUGGUCAUUGGUGGACUCAUGACAAAACAAAGCUAGGAGAAAACUAUUACCAAGAGGGUAACGUAGUGUACCCGAGGCUCAAGGUUCUCGAAGCUUAUAAACGAGCUCUCACGACUUGGGCCAAAUGGGUCGACAAGAACAUCGACCGCAACCAAACCCAUGUUGUAUUUAGAGGCUAUUCCGAAACACAUUUCAGAGGAGGGCCAUGGAACUCAGGAGGACAAUGCCAUAACGAAACAGAACCGAUAUAUAACACGCAUUACUUAAAAAAGUAUCCUUCAAAGAUGAGAGCUCUCGACUACAUACUCCGUGAUAAAAUGAAAACACCGGUGAUUUACAUGAACAUAAGCCGACUAACGGAUUUCAGAAAAGAUGGUCACCCUUCUAUAUAUAGGACGGUGUACAAGACGGAAAAGGAGAAAAGAGAGGCCGUGAGCCACCAAGAUUGUAGUCACUGGUGCUUACCCGGUGUGCCGGACACAUGGAACCAGCUCUUAUACGUAUCUCUGUUAAAGGCCGGUCUCGCGUCUAAGUGGUAGUCGAAAGUCCUUUGGUUUUGUAUUAUUGUUUGUAUUCCUACAAUCUUUUUGUAUUAGUGCACGAAAAAUUACGUUUACUGGUUUGUAUGGAUUUGUGUAUAGGCAUUGCAUGGCUACGUUUGAAUUAUCUUAAACCCAUUAGUUUUGUAAGGACUAUUUUUAUUGGAUAGUGAUAUGUAUUUCGGUGAUA